AUGUCUUACAGUCUGUUCGCACGGGAUGUGCUCAGUGAUGUGACCAACGCUCGGGGGACAUUUACCAGCUGGGAUAAAUGCAUGAGCAAGAAUUACUGCAAAUGGCCUGCCAUUGUUGGAAUCGUCGUCGGCUCUCUCAUCGUCCUGUCGCUUAUCUGGUGUUUCGCUCGAUGCCUCUGCUGUGGAGCGGAAUUCUGCUCUUGCUGCAAUUGCUGUCGACGUCGUGAUCGCCCGCCGAAAUACAAGGACGAGUACUCCCGUGUUCCUCCUGCGCCUUACGCAGGAUAUCAACCCGCUCCUGUCCCCAUGUCCUACGGCAACCCCAAUGUGCCGCAGUUCGCUACGUUUGAGGAUCCCAGCGGCAAGAAGAUCAACGAAGACAGUCUUCCUCCCAUGCCCAGUUGGGAUACUGCGACGAAGAGACGCAUCGAGGAGAGAGAUGCACACGCAGAUCUGGAAAUGGGACGGCUUGAUACACAACCCGAAAGGAGGAGAGGUGACUACAACAGCGUUCCCAACGGACCAAUUUCUCCGACCUUGCCACAUCCAGAAGGAGGUUAUUUCCCCAGCAACGACAUGACGCAUUCAUAUCACUCAGAUAUUGGUGCCCAGCGAUUGGCCUCGAAUGGGAGCGGGUAUAACAACCUGGAAUCUGUGCCCCUGAGUCCGCCUCCGACCUAUCGUUCCGCAUCGAAUGCUCCAUCUGCCAUGUCCGACAGGUUUAUUGCCGGCGCCACCAGUCCGAGCCCGAACGAAUACAGCCACCAACCACACCAAUCCUAUCACCAGCAAUCUGCGUCCUAUGCCCCAAGCAGCCUAAGCACGAGAUACGAGUCGCAAUCAGAUUAUGGUUCAAGCAGGAUCGGCGUCCCUGCUCCUUACAAUCUGCAGCCGGAGUUUCAGGCUCGGCCGUCCAGUUUCUUGCAGGUGAGGAGAAAUCCCGUUAGCGGAAGUUACAGGGAAGUUUGA